GACAGUCGUGCGAGGAAAGGUGAUGCUAAAGGAGUGCGUCAUGAAGUUAAAUUUGAUUCUAAAUUGAUAUUGAUUCUAAACUGGUUGUUGUCAAAAAAUACGACAAAGUUUAAAAUAUUCUGUGUGAUGCUAUAUCAUUAUUUGUGCAGUAUUUUGGUGAUCGACUCAAAGUACGUCACAAUUGAAAUGGAAAAUUUCUGUGAAUUACUUAAGCCUCAUGAAGAAACAAUUGUUCGACAAUACAUUGACAAAUGCAUUCACUUCUACGGUGGAUCUAUACUUUGGAUUUAUCUAAGUGCUGUUAUUAUCAUCACUGGACCUGUCACGCUAAAUCAACCGUUUCCGACGAACGCCGAAUAUCCAUUCCGAGUUAUUUACGAACAACCGUUAAAAAGUAUUAUCUUUAUACAUCAAUCUCUUGUAUUCAUUCAGGCAGCUUCACAGCUAUGUAUGAAUGUCUUCAUAACUCUUUUGCUUUGGAUUACCUCAGUGAAAUUUGAAUUAUUGAACGAGGAAUUACGAAGUAUCACUAAUAUCCACGAUUUAAUCCAUUGCAUUCGAAAACAUCAAAGAUUAUUAAAAUAUGCGGAAGAAGUAAUCGUCGUAGUUCGUCCCUUUGCAUUGACAACCAUAAGUCUUAGUACUUUUGCAUUAAUAAUAGUUGGUCUAGUUUUUAUUACCGAUCCGCCAUUAUCCAUGAAAAUGCAAUGUGUUGGUUUAACUUUUAGCGGAUUAGCAGAAGUAUUUAUGUAUACAUGGCCAGCAGAAUAUUUAAUUCAAACUAGUGGUGAAAUCGGGCAAGCUGUUUUCGAUGCACAAUGGUAUCAACAAUCAAUCGCUCUACAAAAAUAUCUACAAAUGAUUAUGUUAAAGGCUAAAUAUCCAUUAGUUGUUUCAAUACCAUGCGUUAUGCCAUCAUUAUCUUUAAAUUACUAUGCAUCGUACUUGUCAACUAUAUUUUCAUACUUCACAACGCUACGAGUAGUCAUGCAAAAUGAAUAAAAUGGAGAUUAAGAAAUAAAAUAUUAGUUCAUUGUAAUAUCUUAUGUUAUUCUUUAGUAAUACAAUAUAAUAAUACAAUAUAAGUAAUACAAUAUAAGUAAUAUUAAAUUACAUUCAAACAAAAAAAAUUGAUAGCUAUAUUACAAAACAUUAGAAUAUAGUUGUCAUAAUACAGGAAUAAAUGCAAUUGUCAUGUUUGAUUAUCCAAGAAUCUUAUUUCAAUAAUUAUAAAAAAUAUAAUACCAUAGUAUUGUUGCCUCGAAAAUGUGCAUGCUUAUAAUAAAUAAUAAAUCAUAGAUUAAAUAAUAA